AUGCUGAACUUGCGAAAGUUCAUGAGGAUUUCCCGAAAUACCAAAGACGGGCUGGACCGGCUCAUUUGUAAGCGAAAGAGGGGGCCCCAGCCGACCGCCAUUCCAACAGUCACACGAGCCGCCCCCGAGUGCACCUACGUCCCUACCACACCAAUUGAUAACGAUAUCGGUGAGAACAAAUUCUUCUCGUACGAUUCGACCGUCCCCUGGAGACCGUUAAACGAGCAUUGCGCCGACUCAACCUCGUAUUUCCUCCGCAAAUACAAUCUCUACCCAUUUGUCACCGAGACGCCAAAUCAGAUGGACCAUUUAGCGCCCGGUGACCCAAUGCAAAACUCGCGGUCGGCGAGUGGUGUGCCGGCAAGUGCAAGCGGUCGUCAUCCUCUGCAAACGGUCAAUUCAACGUGUUUUGUGCCAGCCAAAUCAACUGGUAUCGUCUCGUUAUGCGUUCAAUUCGUAAUUCUCGUCCUCUCCGCGCUCACCACAAUCUUUUUCUUCUACCACGUCGGCGGCUACGAGUAUAUGGGAUGGAAUGAGAACGGCACGAUGCUCGUCUCUCCAAUAAACUCCUCAAAUCUCCCGCCAAAGUUCUACGAUAGCUUGUUGCUAAACGAGAAGGCAAAUCAAACGGAGAGUGAAGAAGUGGAGAGUUUAUUGAGAGGAAGCAAUGUGACAGAGGAAAACGACAAUAACAACAAUUCGACGAUGCUCGGCUACAAUGAGGACGAGUCGAUGGUGUCUAGGAGGGCAAAAAGAGAUGCCAAAAGAGAGGCAACAAGCGCAAUGCCGUUGCUCGACUACGAAGAUAACUCAACGCUUUCGUACGACGACAAGAAUGAGCAACUACCGAACACCUCGAUGUACAUUGGAUGGAUUGUGAACGCCGAAAUCGAUUUCCUGGAAUUGAUUCGAAUAUCCACUCUCGUCUACCUAGCCCUAUGUGCCGUUUGGUUUCUCUCAUUGCUGUGCCUCGUCGUUGCAAUCAAAACGGAAAUACCCGAUCUGGUCGUCGCCAACAUGACAAUUUGUCUCAUCUCUAUUCUGUAUCUUAUCGUGCACACGCUUUUCAUCGGCAUCAUCAUCUACCUACAAAUAACUCUCAGCCGUCACCUUUCCACGAAAACUUUCAUCAUAAUCAUCAGCACAAUGGGCGGCCUCUUUUUGCUCUCAAUUGUCGGCUUCUUUUGCAUAAUUCUCGAUGUCGGUUUCUACAAUCACAUCUGCUACAUGAACGAUUCGUCUGGGUGCAUCUGCCUCUCCGUCAUUGUCAACUUUAUCAAGGGCUCUCGUCGCAAUCGUCGCGGUCCACACGAGUACGCUCUUCCCGAGAACACCCGCUCGCCUCCACACAGCAAUAUGCCCUACGCCGAUGAUCCCACGCCAUCCGGUCAACAAUUUAGUCAUUUC